UCUCCACAGCCACAGGUGCAGCGCAUACAUGGGAUGUUUAGCAGUAGCUGACGCUGUGCAGGGAUCAUCGUACCCUACCAGUCCACUGCACUUGAUAAAACCCCUUCAAGACUCCUGCCAACUCCGCUCGAGACGAAUGCAGAAGACAAAUACCAACAUCCAAUAAAAUAAAACCAAAACAAAACAGAACAAACCAAACGAUAUCAGAAAUGAGCUCGACCGAACACCAGACCAUCGUGGUCAUCGGACUGUCUGGAGCAGGACUGAAAACUAUCAACUUGUUACUCGAUCGACUCUACCAUCACUCUGGACAAUCCAAGACAACCAACCAAAGCAUACGACUGAUUGCAAUCGAGAAGGCCAACUAUGCCUACUGGCCCCCUGGAUCAUUAAGAGCGUCGGUUGUCGAUGGCUUCGAAGAUAAGAUUGUCAGAAGCUUCGACUACAUCAUCCCCCAGAAAAUCAAAGACAAGCACCCCGAGCUUGUCAAGGUCUUCACCGGAACAGAGGUCGUAGACUUGGAUCUGAAGGAUCGAUUCAUUGUUCUCGAUAAGUCUUUGGAUGGCGUACAAGUCGAGGCUGGCAAUAAAUUGGCCUUCGACUAUCUAGUCAUUGCCUCAGGAUCAUCUUAUGCCUUUCCAUGUCGCCCGCCACCAGAGGCAGAAAGAUCAGAAGAGUUGAAAGCUCAACUACGAAGCCUUCAGGAACAGGUCCGAGAAUCACAAUCGAUCUUGGUCGUCGGGGCCGGAGCAGUUGGAAUCGAGCUAGCAGGAGAAGUAAGCUCCCAGCACAAGGACAAAUCAAUCACUCUGGUUUGCUCGACCCCAAGCCUUUUACCCGAUAUGAAUCCCAAACUCGGGAGCUCUCUUAAACAACAACUCGACCAGCGUAAGGUCAAAGUAAUCUAUGGCUCGAAAGCCAACCUUGCUGAACAUGGGAUCUCCAAGACCGGCAAAUUGGAAAAGCUGACUAAGAUUGCUCUGAUCCCAAGCGAUGAUGGAAAGAGCUCAGAAGAUGCCAUCGAAGCCGAUUUUGUCUUUUUGGCCAUCGGAAACAAACCCAAUACGAAAUUUGUCCCAGCCGAAUAUCUUGAACCCAAGAGUCAUCUGAUUAAGGUCAAUGAUCACUUACAAGUGGUCGGGGAGGAUUCCAAGCCGAUAGAGGGGGUUUAUGGAGUAGGCGAUGCAAUCAACUUCCAUGAAUCAAAGCUGUAUGCGGCCCUCGAUGGACAGGCAGCAACGGUAUCCAAAAACCUAUGGAUUGACAUCUUCGAUGCUAAAGCGGACAAGGUAGCCCAUAAACCACUCAAAGAUACUAUUGCGAUCCCAUUAGGACCCUGUGGUGGUGCUAGUGAAGUGUUUGGAUUCACCUUCGGAUUGGGCCCCUGGGCAACCUCUCUCGCGAAAGGGUACACGCUACUCCUUUGGAUGUUCAACUCUCUUUAUCCUGACAAGAGCCGCUGAACGUCAUCGAAUACCCCCCGAAAAACAGAAAAGGUAUAAGAGAGACUGUGCUUGUGUCUUCAUUCUGUUGAUCGCCGAUUAUCUGACGUCGAUCAUCUCCAUCUCUUGUUUAUGGACUUACGGAAAAGAGGAAUUAUAUUGUAGCUUGGGUUUAACUAUCUGCUUGUAUCAUCUCUUCAGUCAGCUCUUCUCUUUUUUUGUUUUCUCUCUCUAUGUACGCACUUGCACUAGUUUCUACGAUCAAACAUGAGAACACUAUUCAUCUUGACCUUUGCUAGCCUAUGAAGGUGAAGUUGAAAUAUUUACGAUUCCGCUAAGCCUGUGCCUUCUGAUUUGUAUUGGUUUGAUUGACCCACAUAAUGCAAUAUGUACGCAAGAAAUCCUGAAACAGGAGAACCACUGGCUUCUCUGCUGGGUUAUCCAUCGAUUUGUCGACAGGAAGACAUCGCCGAAAUUG